UCCACAGGUAGCGCCACGUCAACCUAAAUCCAAUAACUCGUAAUUCUCAUAACUACGAGCACCGUCCGCUCUACAUCUUGGCCAUCCCAGAUUAAAACACGUGGAUCUAAACAGUGACAACCAUCGUGAUGACGGUUAGUUUAAGUAUCUUCAAAUAACAGCCGGGUAAGAAUUAGCGGGGUUUUUGUCACCGUCACUGUUCGUUAUCUUCUACUGCAAAAUCCCAGUCUCCUCGUUUGAGUUUCACGAACCUUGGCGAGUGUGAAGGGGUUUUAAUUUGUUUCGUCAAGGUUCUCCCAUGGAGUCGAUUGUUUGUAGUUUGAGUUCUUUAUCGUUGGCUCAUUUCAGGGCGAAGAGUUUUUCGGUUCAGGAGAUGUUAUUUGGUCCUUGCCGGAGACUUUCAUUGCCGAUACUUCAUGCAUCGGUGGCUCAGAGCUUUCCCGAGCUUCGAAAAUCUACUUCUCUUGCUGCUAGUGGUACCUUGAUGGCCAAUUCCGUCCCGUCUGGAACUGGUGUAUACACAGUUGGUGACUUUAUGACUAGGAAAGAGGAGUUGCAUGUUGUGAAGCCCACAACCAGUGUUGAUGAAGCAUUAGAAAUUCUGGUGGAGAAAAGGAUCACAGGAUUUCCAGUUAUUGAUGACAAUUGGAAAUUGGUUGGUGUAGUUUCUGACUAUGACUUGUUAGCACUAGAUUCCAUCUCAGGUGGUGGAAGGACAGAUACAAGCAUGUUUCCUGAAGUUGACAGCUCGUGGAAAACAUUUAAUGAAGUACAAAGGCUUCUAAGUAAAACAAAUGGAAAGGUGGUCGGCGACUUAAUGACAACAGCACCUCUUGUUGUUCGAGAAAUUACCGAUCUCGAGGAUGUUGCUAGAUUAUUGCUUCAGACGAAGUAUCGCCGCCUUCCUGUGGUCGACGCAGAUGGAAAGCUGGUUGGAAUUAUCACAAGAGGCAACGUGGUAAGAGCUGCUCUACAAAUUAAGCAUGCUGAAGAAAACAGAAAAUGAUUUUCCUAUAGGAGGAAUCAGAGUCAAUCUGAAUGUUGUUAGCACAGAGGGUUCUGAAAUGCAAUCAUACAAUUUUGGCUUAUGAUUGUAUAAAUAUUACACCAUUACCUAAACAUGAAAGACAAAAAUGCAUUAUGAUGGUCAAA